GAAAACUAGAAGCAAAGUAAAUAAAAUGAAGAAAGAACAGGAGAGAAAAGAGAAGAAAAGGCAGAACACGGAGUCUCUAGGUGAGCUGGCUAGUUUUUAAUCAGCUUGAUACAAACUAGAGACUACUGGGAAGAGAGACCUUCAAUUAUGAAGUUGCCACCAUCAGACUGGACUGUGAGACAUUUUAAUUGUUAUUUGAUUCAAGAGAACCCAACCUGAUGAGGGCAGUGCUAUCCCCUGGACAUGGGGGUCUGGGCAGUAUGAGAAUUGUAGUUGACAAGCCAGGGAAAGAAAGCCAGUAAGCAGCAUUCCUCUUUAGUCUCUACUUCACCUCCUACUUCCAGGUUCUUGUCUUGAGCUCCCUCUGUGAAUUUCUUUGAUGAUAGAUUGUACCCUGCAAGCCAAAUAACCCUCUCUUCCCUGCCACGUUGCUUUUGGUCGGAGUAGUUUCAUUAUGGCAUUGGAAAGCACACCAGGAUACCAGGAUGAGCCUCGGGGAGAAGCUCUAUCUUAGACCCAGGCUGGAGGAGAAGAGUUAGUCCACGGGUAGCUGCAGUGGGAUAUCUUGGGAGAAGGAGCAAGGGGGACAGUGGACUCUGCUUAUACCUUCAACGAACAGUAAGGGCAGAAAGACACAGGGCACAGACUUGUUAGGCAAUAGCAUUUUGUUAACAAGUCCACAUGGAUACUCUAGGACAUUGGCUAAGGUAGAAGGGUACCAGAGAGCUGCAUGAGUUGGCUUAGAUUCUUAGGGGUUCUCUGGAGUCGGUGUACCCAGAAAAUACUGAUGAGGUACCCGAAAGCUUUCACAGAACUAAUAAUAAAACAAAAGGACAGGGUGAUAUUGUGGAUGAAGAUGGUGGGGGGAUGUUGCAGGUAGGAUAGGGUUAAUGGGUGGUGAAACUGGUGACUCAUCCACAUGGGCUAACUGCCCACCACAUAUAUGGAGGAAGGCAGGUCAUGCAUGAGGAAUUUUGCUCUGAGCCAGUGAUGAUGUGCUCAUUGCUGAUAUAGGAAAAACUGUGGGGAAGCCAUUUUUCAUGGGGGUCAGGAGACAAGGCUAGAGGAUACUGGAUAUUGGGCUCUGUGGGUAGGAGGACUUUUUCUCUUGAUGCUUGCAUUUCUUAUUAUUGGGGUAGUGAGGCAGUUAUGGCUGAAAGACAAACAGCAGAAAGCAACAGAGCUCGAGUAGCCCCAGAGUGGGUGAAUUGAAGGAUCUAGGAGAGAAUGCGCAUUUCCUGUGACACAGGCUGUGUGAGAUCUGUGGCUGAUGGAUGGAAACCUCCAAACACAAUUUCAUUAGGAAAAGAAAAAGAAAAGAAAAGAAAACUCAAUUUUAAAAAAAUGUUCUUUAAUUACAGGAGGGUAAAGCAAUCUAUUCUUUGCUUGUUCUGGUAAGAUCUCCUGAAAGUGAUGGACCUGGUCAUAUUGUUUUAAUAUGACAAAAAACAAGUUCCCAACUCCUACAGUGGACCUGUGAUAAGAUCAGGAUACAGGUAGACAGCUCGGGUGGAUUACAACAUUUGUAGUUUCAGCUUAACUGCACCUUUGGCCAAGUCAAAUGAGUAAGCUUUGCAUAAUACCCCUGUUAAAAAACAUGCCGUGUCCAGUCCAAAUAGAAGGAAAUGACUGCCCUCCGAGCAGUAUCAGGGGGAUUAGUUUUAAUUUACGUCAUAGUAGAAGUGUCAGGGAACCAGAUGAUAAGUAGCUUCACAUACAGGUUCAAAACUGUAAUCCCAAAUCAGGGGAACUGGUGCAAAAUUAUGCUAGAUUUUUAUUAUGUUGAUUUUGAAAACAAGGUAGUUCUGAGACAUAAAGAGCACUGACAGGUGCUAGCUGGAUUCCGAAGGACUUGGCUACCUUAAAUCUCCUGCUGGGCUCAUGGAUCGGCGGUCCUCCUCAUUCAGACACACCUCUCCGUGCUGUGUUCUAUGUAUUCACCAACAGCUGCAUUCCGUGUCUACGAACCCAAAUAGAGGCUGGAAUGGCUUAUUGCUUCUUGAAGAACCUGGCUAAGGGAAAUAUCUUACUUUAAUAACUCAGUCGUGGUGAUCAGAAAAAGGGUGUUUUUUUUUUUUCCGGAGCUGGGGACCGAACCCAGGGCCUUGCACUUGCUAGGCAAGUGCUCUACCAUUGAGCUAAAUCCCCAACCCCCAGUGGGUUUUGACCAUGACUAUUUCUCUCUCUUCUUUUAGUUGACCCUCGGAAAAAGAAAAGAAUGUAGGUUCUCUUACUCCAACAACUUGGUUUAAACUCCAGCCCCAACUGAGUGAGCUUGGUUGAAUUAUUUAAGCAGUCUGAUGCUAGUGUAUUCUUGGAUUUUGCUCAUACUCAUGCUACGUAUGAUCCUGACAAUAAGAGUCAAGAGUAGCAAGGAGCAGACUUGAGGUCAAGCUCCUAGACAGCAAAUGCUUGGUAUUUCCAUCUUGCCCAGUCUGUCAGCAGUUCCCAACAGAAGAGGAGAGAUGUCAGGAGCAGUUCCAGCCACUAUAAGGAGCACUACAGGACUAGCUCAGGUUGUGUUCUUAGCUAGCAGUACGGCCAGGCUUGGCUUUCUAUACCUGACUCGGUUGGAUUUGGGUGCUAGUCCUUAGAGCCAGCUUGCUUGGGUUCUAAUUCUCUUAGCGCUGUGCUGCAGACCCCUUACUUAAUCUCUGUGCCUCUGGGUCAUCAUUUGUACAAGGGAGAGGACAACAGUGUGUCAUUGGCUGAUUUGGGAGUCGAUAUAUGUAUACAUAUGCCACAUAAGGAAUAAAGGAGAUACCACCAUAUAAAGAUCUGAAUUCUUUUUCCUACUGGUGCUGGUGUGGGGUAUGGUCCUCCAAUCCUUCCUGCAAUUGAAGCCUCAUAAUAGAGCCAGGACAAUGAUGGGUAACACAUCUCAAAAUCAACCGUUAAUUUUUGUAUUACACAAAGCCCCAAAAGAUGAUGGCCUCCUUAGAACAGCUUGGUUAUCGUCAUCCCAGCACAGAUCGAAAUCUGAGGUGCUAGACUGCUCUUUGGACUGAGCCCGAAACACUCUUUCCAUUAUAGAACAUAUCUAAGCACCCAUGGAGUGUGAAGUCCUCUUGCAUUCAGGGAUCAUCUCCACGCCCCUCCCAGCCUGCAUUCUCCCCUAACAUGUGGUGGUUUGUAAGACUCUCCAUACCACAGGAACCGACUGUGUCCCCUCACAGCUACACUGAUUUCUCUUUUGGACCCUACAUCAGACAGCACACAUCAACCGCCUAGUGGACUCACCGUUACCUUCCUGUGCCAUUGCCAUCGGAGAGAUCUCGGCCAUCAAUCACUAGCACAUGAUUGGCAAAUGGAGAAUGGGGCUUUGGGCUUUGGCAAUUCUGACAGUUCCCAUGUAUUUCAUAGUGACAGAGGGCAGAAAAACAUCCUGGGGUCUAGAAAACGAGGCUUUAAUUGUCAGAUGCCCCCAAAGAGGAGGUGCGAUUAACCCUGUGGAAUGGUAUUAUUCAAAUACAAAUGAAAGAAUUCCUACUCAAAAGAGAAAUCGGAUCUUCGUCUCAAGAGAUCGUCUGAAGUUUCUACCAGCCAAAGUGGAAGACUCUGGGAUUUAUACGUGUGUUAUCAGAAGCCCUGAAUCGAUUAAGACCGGAUCUUUGAAUGUCACCAUAUAUAAAAGACCACCAAACUGCAAAAUCCCUGAUUACAUGAUGUACUCGACAGUAGAUGGAUCAGAUAAAAAUUCCAAGAUAACAUGUCCAACAAUUGCCUUGUAUAAUUGGACAGCGCCUGUUCAGUGGUUUAAGAACUGCAAAGCUCUCCAAGGGCCAAGGUUCAGGGCACACAUGUCCUAUUUGUUCAUUGACAAAGUGAGUCAUGUUGAUGAAGGUGACUACACAUGUCGAUUCACUCACACGGAGAACGGAACCAAUUACAUUGUGACUGCCACCAGAUCAUUCACAGUUGAAGAAAAAGGCUUCUCUACAUUUCCAGUAAUUACAAACCCUCCACACAACUACACAGUGGAAGUGGAAAUAGGAAAAACAGCAAACAUUGCCUGCUCAGCUUGCUUUGGCACAGCCUCUCAGUUCGUUGCUGUCCUGUGGCAGAUUAACAAAACGAGAAUUGGAUCUUUUGGCAAAGCAAGAAUUCAAGAAGAGAAAGGCCCAAAUAAAAGUUCCAGCAAUGGCAUGAUUUGCUUAACCUCACUGUUAAGGAUAACUGGUGUGACCAACAAGGACUUCUCCCUGAAAUAUGACUGUGUGGCCAUGAACCAUCACGGAGUGAUAAGGCACCCCGUAAGACUGAGAAGGAAACAACCAAUUGACCACCAAAGCACCUACUACAUAGUUGCCGGAUGUAGUUUAUUGCUAAUGUUUAUCAAUGUCUUGGUGAUAGUCUUAAAAGUGUUCUGGAUUGAGGUUGCUCUGUUCUGGAGAGAUAUAAUGGCACCUUACAAAACCCAGAAUGAUGGAAAGCUCUAUGAUGCUUACAUCAUUUACCCUCGGGUCUUCCGGGGCAGCGCAUCAGGGACCGGCUCUGUGGAGUACUUUGUUCACUACACUCUGCCCGACGUUCUCGAAAAUAAAUGUGGCUACAAGUUGUGCAUUUACGGGAGAGACCUGCUGCCUGGGCAAGAUGCGGCCACUGUGGUGGAAAGCAGUAUCCAGAAUAGUAGACGGCAAGUGUUUGUCCUGGCCCCUCACAUGAUGCACAGCAAAGAGUUUGCCUAUGAGCAGGAGAUCGCCCUGCACAGCGCCCUCAUCCAGAACAACUCCAAGGUGAUUCUGAUUGAAAUGGAGCCUAUGGGUGAGGCAAGCCGACUGCAGCUUGGGGAUCUGCAAGAUUCUCUCCAGCAUCUUGUGAAAAUGCAGGGGACCAUCAAGUGGAGGGAAGACCACGUGGCCGACAAACAGUCUCUAAGCUCCAAAUUCUGGAAGCAUGUGAGAUACCAAAUGCCAGUCCCGAAAAGACCCCCCAAGAUGGCAUCUGUUGCCGCUCCGUUGAGUGGCAAGGUGUGCUUGGACCUGAAACACUUUUGAGUCGUGGACUUGCCUACUCAGAGCUGGGGAAUCCCAGCAGUAGGCCCCAGAAGUGAAGGUGUGAAGACUUGAAAUGCCAAGGGUGGGGCCCCGCGUCUCAGCUAAUAAGAGACUCUGGUCUGUUUUCCUGGUUGUGGGAGGAGCCAUCCAUCCCUUGUUUCCGGUUUCCUCUGCCUGCCUCGCUCUUUUGUGGCACAAGAUCAAACCCUGAAUCUUUUCCUUUUCUUUUGUUUCUCUCUUUGCUCCUUCUUUUUAGUCUUCAUCAAUUACCUAAGUUCAGAACAUCAAGCUGACACUUCUAGAAUAAAGUUCUGAUUCAUCCCAAAGAGUAGUCUCAUCCCCAGAGGCAGAGAACCAAUAGUAAACCUCAUUCCUAACACACCAGGAUUUUUUACUUUUUAUUUGUCAGUUACCGAGUUUCGCCGUGUCAAUAUUGCCAGAUUUGGUAGAACACCUUAUUCAAAUUGCUGUUACAAUAGAGCAUUUUUCAGUUCUAAACAUCUUUUAUAUAUUUUUGUAUUCUCCUUAGAAAUACCUUCUCACUUUAAAAGAAACAAAAGAUUUAUUAGAAAAUGUAAAGUAUAAAAGAAAAUAGAAUGAAAUAUAAAAUUAGAGAAAGGAAAUAUAAUAAAAAAUCCCAACUCUCACGAUUAAUUUUGUCAAGUCUGUAUUUUAAACUAUAAAGUUUAUACGUGUAAGUUUCAUAGCUGAGAUUUGUACAACAUGGACUUGACCUUUUUUUUUUUUUUUAAUUUACUACCAUAAUGAAAGCUGGUGGCAGUCACUGACUUCUUUAACAUUUACAGAUGUUCCGAUGGUCCAUCUCAGCUUGUGCUGCAGACUCCAACUGAAGCAGCCAGCGUGAAAACCAUGUCUGCCACAGCACAGCUACCCUACUGAAGUGUAUGUCAUUGCGAGGCAGCUUACUUUUGGGCUACUUCUAGGAACUGUGUAGGGCAUUUGGACGGAACAAGAUUAAUCUGUAGUCAGAGGUCCCCUGGACAGUCUUCUCCAGUAGAACACACACACCGUGGGGUCCAAGGCACUCAGGGAACUGAUCAGAGCCAAGGCAAGUGUCUUGCUAGGACCUUCAACUUUGCUGAUAGAUUGAGUCCUGCCUCAGUUGAGUCCUGCCUCCGUCGGCGAUGGGACUCCACACUGGGGUGACAAUGAAAACAGAAUUCGGGAGACUCUUGAAAGGAGGGGAAUGUUGAACUCAUGGUCAACAUAUAUUUCAGAGACGAGGCUGCAGAGACUCCAUAUGCAGAAGCAUGUGUAGAGGAUCCAGGAUAGCCCAUUCUUCCCUCUGUGCCUUUAAUGUGGGUUGCCAGGUACCUGCGCAUCUAUCCUGUGGGUGGACGGUUUGCGAAAUCUGCCUGCCCCGCUGUAGUGGACAGCUGUGUGUUCCUCUGCUGCUUCAUCUACCUUUAGCGAGCUGCCAAAAACUGACUGAUGAGACGCAUGAUGUGUAAACUGACUGAUGAGAAGCAUGACGUGUCUCAUGUACAGGACGUGGAAUCGGGAGAGAAUCCUUGCUCUGGGUAACCAGCUCUGUGGCUGCCAGGAAGUUCCUCAACAUCCUCAAAUAGUAGUUUUCUUAGGUCUGUUGAAAGACAAUACCACGCUGGAUUCUUUUGCUAACAGAAAAUAGAGGUAUUUGGAUUUCAGAAAGAAUUCGAUGAGUACUAGUAUUAGUAUUUGUGAUUAUGAAGUCUCAACGUGAGCCAUGUGAAUUUGACCAUAUUCUGUGAUCAUUCUGAAUGAAGACCUCUAAAAAUGAAAUUCUCCCUAGUCUUAGUCCUGGGAAUAGAUACUCCUUCAUUCCUGCUGCUCCACUCACUGAAAAUGACCUACAAAAAUUAUUAUUUGUCCUCGUUCAAGAUUCUUCUGCAUGCAAUUCUAAACGAUUUGCAUGUAAUUGAGCUGGGCAGUGUGACGAAUGCCUUUAAUCCUAGCACUUGGGAAGCAGAGGCAGGUGGAUUUCUGCCAGUUUGAGUCCAACCUGGUCUAUAGAGUGAGUUCUAGGGCACCAGAGCUUCCAGAGAAACCCUGUCUCAAAAAAUGAGGAGAAAGAGGAGGAAAAAGGAGAAAAAAAAAGAAAAAAAGGAGUAAGAAGGAGGAAGGGAAGAGAUAAUUGACUUUUUUGUAACGAACUAGCAUCUGAUGGUUUUGCUAAACUCAAAAUAUUAGUUUUAUUUUAUGUUUUAAAAGGUUCAAAGUGUGAUCCAUGUAAAAAUGUCUUCUGUGGACUUUCCCCCAUUUCUACCAUCUCCUGCCCCCAUGUCUUCAGAGUGCUUGUCUGACUUUGAGCUGACGUUAUUUAGUUACUAGUCAUAGGAACGCAAAGCGUUUCUCCGUGCUGCUGCUUGUAGACAUUUCCAUAUUAGACUAGGAAGCGAAUGAGCCUUUCGACUGUCCAGUUUGUGAGUUGCAGUAGGAGUGUUGAAGUUUGUUAAACACUUGUUUUCCAUGUAUCCCAGAAAUAUUAUGCUUUUCAUAUUUGUUGUACAGCAAACUUUUUUUCAAUGGGCAAAAAUAAUUGUGCCAUUGACUCCCUGAGUGUUUUUUUUUUUCAUGUGUGUUUGAAGAAUUUUAGCUCAUUAUAAAAAAAAUCCAGAAA